UGUCAGCUGAUGAGUGAAAUACUCCACACAGUCUCUGUCCUCAAUGCAUGGAUUUCGUCACACGAAUGAUUUUCUAGCCAAUUACGCACAAUGUGUAAAAUCUCAUGCAGGAGGAAGACUCGCAACUUCGUGGGAUUUCACUCAGGAAUGUGUCCUCUGCGCGCACUUGGAGACAUGCAGAGGCAACACAUUUUAGCCUGGUUGCACUCUGUUUUAUGAUACCGAGCCGCGGUGGACCUGCGAGUUAUUCCUGUGAUGGGGAGAAUCCCAUGGAGCUGCGGUGCCGUGAUCCUGCUGGCCAUCAUCAGCUCGUGUCGUGCUGUCACCCUGGAGUCCAUCCACUGGAGCAGCUCCAAUGCAAAAUUUAGUCCAGGUCUGGGCCUGGUCCUGUAUCCUCAGAUCGGGGACAAGAUGGACAUUGUGUGUCCCCGGGCAGAUGCUUCCUCGGGGGGAAAGGAGGAGUUUUAUCGAGUGUAUCUGGUGUCCAGGAGUCAGAUGGAAAGCUGCACCAUCGACAAGACAGACACGCCCCUGCUGAACUGUGACAAGCCUCACCAGGACGUAAAGUUCACGUUCAAGUUCCAGGAGUUCAGCCCCAACCUAUGGGGUCUGGAGUUCCUCAAGGGGAGGGACUAUUACAUCACCUCCACCUCUGCAGGCUCUCCACAGGGUCUGGAUAAUACUGAUGGAGGGGUGUGUAGAACCAAAGCCAUGAAGCUGGUUCUGAGAGUCGGCCAAAGCUCUUCAGAUCCACCUUCAACCCUCCAGGAGUCCCCCACCAGAUUCCCACCCAAACAACCAAAGCCCAAGUCCAAAGACCUCCCUGUGAAAGAACAGGAUAUAAAAAACAAAGCCGGCUCGGGCUCAGAAACAGGACAAGCAAAGCCCAGUGGCGGUGGCGGUGACUCUAAGCCAGGCCUGUUCAUGUGGGUUGUGUGUGGCGGUGUGAUCCUCCUUCUGGUCAUCAUAAUUCUGCUGGUCAUACUGUGGAAGCACCGUCCCCAUCGCUGUGUCCCGGACAGACAGCAGUCGGCCUCCGUUUCCCUCAACACUUUGGCCGUGACAAAGCGGGACAGCAUCAGCAGCGACAACAAUGCCUCGGACCGCAGUGAUAUUGUCUUUCCUCUGCGACCUUCUGACAGCAUGGUCUGCCGUCAUUAUGAACGUGUGAGCGGCGACUACGGCCCCCCCGUGUACAUAGUCCAGGAGAUAUCACCCCAGAGUCCCACCAACAUCUACUACAAAGUCUAAUGCUCGCUGCUCUAAUGCCUGUCUUUGGCUGAUAAUCCUAAACUAACACUUCCAUUUCUUUGGUUUCCAGUGGGGGUGAAGAAAGGUCACAUACUGUGGGUGACCAUACACAGCCUGAGAGCUGUUGCACUGACACAUGCUGUUGAACCAUUUUGUUGUCUUAAUACUGCGAGAGGAACUUUAUGUCUGAUAAUUGUGUUGUGUUUUCUGGAAGUGGGCAGCAAAUACAGGUGGUGGGAUGUAACUAAGUACAUUUACUACUAGCCUACAACUUAAAAUUUUGAUUUACCAUUACCAUUUCAUGACAUUUUACUUCCAAGCCACUGUUGUGCUCUUUACUCCACCCCAUUUUUAUGGCACCCACACUUAGAAGAUUAAGAUUUUUUCGAACAGAACAAGUUUGUAAAAUAUGUUGCAGUAUGCGACAGUAAGUACUUAAAAAAAGCUCCACCUCAACCAACUACAAAAAGAUCCAUCUAAAAACAUAAUAUGGAACAG